ACAGUCGGCUCCCAAUCGCGCACAAUGAGACAGCGCUGAGCGCCGGAAGUGGGGCCGAAGGAAAACACGGAGAGGGAGCCCGGCCGGGAUAGGAAGAAGCUGGGGACCGCGGCGAAGGUGGUGAGUGCUCCUGGGCGCCUUCUCCCAACGUCCCUGCCAGACUCGCCUCCGGGCUGAUUCUCCAGUUGGUUUCCUGGACUCCAGAGUAGUGGUCCGGCCUGGCCCCGGAGGUGCAAAGUAAGAAAAUUGAAGUCAAAGACCAUGGGAGAUACAGCAAAACCUUAUUUCGCGAAGCGCACUAAAGACCGGGGGACUAUGGAUGAUGAUGACUUCAGAAGGGGUCACCCCCAACAAGAUUAUUUAAUAAUAGAUGACCAUGCUAAAGGCCAUGGCAGUAAGAUGGAAAAGGGCCUUCAAAAAAAAAAGAUAACACCAGGGAACUAUGGGAAUACCCCCAGAAAAGGACCAUGUGCUGUUUCCAGCAAUCCAUAUGCAUUUAAAAACCCAAUCUACAGUCAACCUGCUUGGAUGAAUGACAACCACAAAGAUCAGAGUAAGAGAUGGCUGUCUGAUGAACAUACUGGUAAUUCAGACAACUGGAGAGAAUUCAAACCUGGACCUAGAAUUCCUAUUAUAAACCGACAAAGAAAAGACUCCUUUCAGGAAAAUGAAGACGGUUAUCGGUGGCAAGACACAAGAGGCUGCAGAACUGUGAGACGACUGUUUCAUAAAGACCUAACAAGCCUAGAAACCACGUCAGAAAUGGAAGCAGGAAGUCCUGAAAACAAGAAGCAGAGGUCCAGACCUAGGAAGCCACGGAAGACUAGAAAUGAGGAAAAUGAGCAGGAUGGAGACUUGGAAGGCCCUGUGAUCGACGAGUCUGUGCUUUCAACGAAGGAGCUGCUAGGCUUACAGCAGGCUGAGGAGAGACUGAAGAGAGACUGCAUUGACAGGCUCAAAAGGCGACCACGAAACUACCCUGCAGCCAAGUACACCUGCAGACUCUGUGAUGUUUUAAUUGAAUCCAUUGCAUUUGCCCAUAAGCAUAUCAAGGAGAAGAGGCACAAGAAAAACAUUAAGGAGAAGCAAGAGGAAGAGUUGCUCACUACGUUACCCCCACCAACACCCUCCCAGAUAAAUGCAGUUGGCAUUGCCAUUGACAAAGUGGUACAGGAAUUUGGCUUACACAAUGAGAACUUGGAACAGAGGCUAGAAAUUAAACGUAUCAUGGAAAAUGUGUUCCAACACAAGUUACCAGAUUGUUCCCUAAGAUUAUAUGGGUCAUCCUGUAGCAGAUUGGGUUUCAAAAAUUCGGAUGUAAACAUUGACAUCCAAUUUCCAGCCAUUAUGUCUCAGCCAGAUGUCCUCUUACUUGUUCAAGAUUGUUUAAAGAACAGUGACUCUUUUAUUGAUGUCGAUGCAGACUUCCAUGCUAGGGUGCCAGUGGUGGUGUGCAGAGAAAAGCAAAGUGGUCUUCUGUGUAAAGUGAGCGCAGGAAAUGAAAAUGCUUGUCUAACAACAAAGCAUUUAACUGCCCUUGGAAAACUAGAACCAAAGCUGGUUCCUUUGGUGAUUGCAUUUAGGUACUGGGCAAAGCUUUGCAGUAUAGAUCGCCCUGAAGAAGGAGGUCUGCCACCUUAUGUGUUUGCCCUGAUGGCCAUUUUCUUUCUUCAGCAGAGGAAAGAACCCCUUUUGCCUGUAUAUCUAGGAUCAUGGAUUGAAGGAUUCUCAUUAAGCAAACUGGGGAAUUUCAACCUUAAAGACAUUGAAACAGAUGUUGUGAUCUGGGAAUAUACGGACAGUGCUGCAGGGGAUACAGACACAGCCAAAGAAGAGGCAUCGAGAGAAAUGCCCAUUAAAAGGGGACAGGUGUCAUUAAUAUUGGAUAUGAAACACCAGCCUUCAGUACCAGUUGGGCAGCUCUGGGUGGAAUUGCUGCGAUUCUAUGCUUUAGAAUUUAAUGUGGCUGAUUUAGUGAUAAGUAUUCGUGUCAAAGAAUUGGUAUCUCGGGAAUUGAAGGAUUGGCCCAAAAAGCGCAUUGCCAUUGAAGUUUCUGUGGCUCAGCUCUUCUGGCCAAUUGCCUAACCUGCUGGAGUUCUAGGGGAGGAGAAAAGAUUGAGAGAAGUGGUGUCUCCUCCUGGUGCCUCCCUCUCGCCCCUGAAAUUCAGUCCAGCCAAUUCAGUGAUGGGGCUUCCCAGGGCAGAAGAGUGGAGAUCCCUACUCUGUUAAAAGAAAUGUGGCAAGAACCCUAAAUAGUCAACCUGUGUUUGAAUAUAUACUUCACUGUUUAAGGACAACAUACAAGUAUUUUGCUCUUCCACACAAAGUUACAAAAUCCAGCCUUCCAAAGCCUCUGAAUGCAGUUACAUGUGUUUCAGAAGUCAUAAAUCAUGAUCCAGAUGUGCAAAGAAAAGAUGAUAAGCUUAAAAACUCAGUUUUGGCUCAAGGUCCUGGUGCUACCAGUUCAGCUGCAAAUACCUGUAAGGUACAGCUACUUACUCUUAAAGAGACUGCUGAAAGCUUUGGAAGUCCACCAACAGAAGAAAUGGGAAAUGAACACAUCAGGGUCCACCCUGAAGACUCAGACUGUAUCCGAGCAGAUGUUAACUAUGAUGAUUACAAGGAUGAUAAAGUACACCAUCAAGAAACAGGAAGGAAAAACGAGAAAGAGAAAGUUGGUAGGAAGGGCAAGCAUCUGUUGGCUGUUGAUCAGAAACGUGGAGAGCAUGUUGUCUGUGGCAGCACACAUAAUAAUGAGUCAGAGAUCUCUUUGGAUUUAGAAGGCUUCCAAAAUCCUACAGCCAAGGAGUGUGAGGGACUUGCUACUUUAGAUAACAAGGCUGAUCUUGAUGGAGAAAUUGUAGAAGGUACUGAGGAACUAGAAGGCUCUCUAAACCACUUUACCCACUCAGUACAGGGCCAGAUUUCAGAAAUGAUUCCCUCUGAUGAAGAGGAGGAGGAAGACGAAGAAGAGGAGGAGGAAGAAGAACCUAGACUCACCGUUAACCAAAGGGAAGAUGAAGAUGGCAUGGCUAAUGAAGAUGAAUUAGACAACACCUACACGGGAUCAGGGGAUGAGGAUGCCCUAUCUGAAGAGGAUGAUGAGUUAGGCGACCCUGCUAAAUAUGAAGACGUGAAAGAAUGUGGAAAACAUGUAGAAGGAGCUCUCCUAGUGGAACUUAAUAAAAUAAGUCUUAAGGAAGAAAAUGUAUGUGAAGAAAAUUCACCUGUGGAUCAGUCUGAUUUUUUUUAUGAAUUCAGUAAACUUAUCUUCACCAAAGGAAAGUCUCCUACGGUAGUGUGCAGUUUAUGCAAACGAGAGGGUCAUCUAAAGAAGGACUGUCCUGAAGACUUCAAAAGAAUCCAGCUAGAACCUCUGCCACCGUUAACACCCAAGUUUUUAAAUAUCUUAGAUCAAGUCUGUAUCCAGUGUUAUAAGGAUUUUUCUCCAACAAUUAUAGAAGAACAGGCUCGUGAACAUAUUCGGCAAAACCUAGAAAGUUUCAUAAGACAAGACUUUCCAGGAACUAAAUUGAGCCUGUUUGGCUCCUCCAAAAAUGGAUUUGGGUUCAAACAGAGUGACCUUGACGUCUGUAUGACAAUUAAUGGACUUGAAACUGCUGAGGGAUUGGACUGUGUCAGAACUAUUGAAGAAUUAGCAAGAGUCCUCAGAAAACAUUCAGGUCUGAGAAACAUCUUACCUAUUACAACAGCAAAGGUGCCAAUUGUGAAGUUCUUCCAUUUGAGAAGUGGUCUGGAAGUAGAUAUCAGUUUGUAUAACACAUUGGCCCUUCAUAACACAAGGCUUUUAUCUGCUUAUUCCGCCAUUGAUCCCAGAGUGAAGUAUUUGUGCUAUACCAUGAAAGUAUUUACAAAGAUGUGUGAUAUUGGUGAUGCAUCUAGAGGCAGCUUAUCAUCAUAUGCAUAUACUCUUAUGGUGCUAUAUUUUCUCCAGCAGAGGAAUCCACCGGUCAUUCCUGUCCUUCAAGAGAUAUACAAAGGUGAAAAGAAACCUGAAAUAUUUGUUGAUGGCUGGAAUAUUUAUUUUUUUGAUCAAAUAGAUGAACUGCCUGCCUAUUGGCCAGAAUGUGGAAAAAAUACCGAAUCUGUUGGGCAGUUAUGGUUGGGCCUUCUUCGUUUCUACACGGAGGAAUUUGAUUUUAAAGAACACGUUAUUAGCAUCAGGAGAAAAAGUCUGCUUACAACUUUUAAGAAACAGUGGACCUCAAAAUACAUUGUUAUUGAAGAUCCCUUUGAUUUGAAUCAUAAUCUUGGAGCUGGAUUAUCAAGGAAAAUGACAAAUUUUAUAAUGAAAGCUUUUAUCAAUGGUAGAAGAGUAUUUGGUAUUCCUGUCAAGGGAUUUCCAAAGGACUACCCCUCAAAAAUGGAAUACUUUUUUGAUCCAGAUGUGUUAACUGAAGGAGAGCUGGCCCCAAAUGAUAGAUGUUGUCGAAUUUGUGGGAAAAUCGGACACUUUAUGAAAGACUGUCCUAUGAGGAGAAAAGUGAGACGGCGGCGAGAUCAGGAAGAUGCCCUGAACCAAAGAUACCCUGAGAACAAGGAGAAAAGAAGCAAAGAGGACAAAGAAAUUCACAACAAAUACACAGAAAGGGAGGUGUCAACAAAAGAAGAUAAGCCCAUACAGUGCACACCUCAGAAAGCCAAGCCAGUGCGGGCAGCUGCUGACCUGGGGAGGGAGAAGAUCCUCAGACCACCAGUGGAAAAAUGGAAGAGACAGGAUGACAAAGACUUAAGAGAAAAACGUUGUUUUAUUUGUGGAAGAGAAGGGCACAUUAAAAAGGAAUGCCCACAGUUUAAAGGCUCUUCAGGUAGCCUUUCCAGUAAAUAUAUGACUCAGGGAAAAGCCUCAGCGAAGAGGACCCAGCAGGAAUCAUGAGGGAAGGAAAAUGCAGCACUCUAAAUGACCACUCAGGCGUUCCUAUUCACUCGGAAAAUUAGGUUCAUUUCACAGGACACAGCAGCGUAGAUCAGGCUUCAACUUAACAUUUAAGGGAAAUGUCAGAUUUUUUUUUAAUUUAAUGAAAUUGUUAAUGAGGAAGAAUUUUUAAUAUAGUCUUAUCCACCACCCAUCCCCAUAGAUUUAAGGAUUUUAAAAGAAAGCCAUGAUGUAUGUAUUUAAGCCAGGUUAAAAGAAAAAAUGUAACUAUGGACCGGUAUUCAAUGAAUACAGUUUCAUGGUUUUUAAUUCUUUCAAAGCACAUUAAAAAUGGUGUGCUGAUAAACCCCAAGUAAAUUAACCCUUUUUCCGUAUAAAUCCAUUUUUUGUUUUGAAGAGGGGAAAUUAUAUUUAUUGUUGUUUACUGAAUCCUUGUGUGAAAGCAUAUCAAAUAUGUAUGAACUGCUACUGCUGUACUUCCGAUUUACAGACAUCAUUUUAUUGCUAUUUGUAGACGUGAUAACAUGAACAUGAGUACCUAUUUAUGUGGGCCUUCAGUGGAUGAGAAGUGCCACUCAGGUCUCUGGGGUCUCCCUCUCUAAUUUUAAGUAAACUGACAUAUAACUACUAUGCUUAUCAAAAUGAAGUAAGGAAAACAGGUAGUCCUGUUUGCCACUAAAAACAUUUUCAAAGGAAAAAUAAAAUGAAAGUACUUUUUACUUUUUAUGAUAUUCAGAAAUUAGGAUGAAGAACUUUUAAAAAAUUCCUGAAGAUCAAAGAAGUGAUCUCUGCCAGUCCCAAGUGUGGUUGGUGUCAUUCUGGGUCUGACUGGAGCCCUCCUGGACUGUUUCUUUAAUUUCAAAAGCCCUGAAGACAUAGUACCUGGUCAGAACUAUGCCUCGGUUUAUUUAUCCUUUUGAAAUAAAAUCAAAAUUUCAACCUGUAA